AUGUCAGCUCUGGCUUUGAAUAUCCAGAACGAUUAUGAAAAGAUCUUUAUUACAAGAAAAGAAUUGAAGACACUAUACAAUAACAUCCUCAAGUCUCUACUUGUAAAGCUCAAUUUGCACCUACCCACAUCCAACAAUGAUCCAAUCAAGAAUGAGGUAUAUCUGAAAGUGGAGAGUUGCUUGCUAAAUACAUUCCAAAAUCUACUAAGCUCUCUUUUGGUAGAUGGAGAAGAUCGAAGUAGAGACUCUAUAAUGGAGCUUUUACUGGUUGAUGACAACGACAAUGACGUGGAGCCAUUUGACAUUGAAUUGGAUAACGAACUACGAGCUAUCUUAACUGAGUAUGAUGAUGUUACUGUUGAAUUGAGUGAGUUGAAGCGUGUGCUACAGAAGAGCAUUGUGGAUAAUUACCAAAACUCCGUAGCUCGUAUAGACGAUGAAGUCACCCAGGUGAUCCAACUCAUUGACGACAAUGUUGGCCGACGUGAAAAGGAUCCUUUGGCUGGUGAGGCUUUAGAAAGUUUGAACGAGGUGGAUAUUGACCGCAUGAAUGCGGAUUACUUCAAGUAUUUGCAAACAAUCGACAAAUUGAGUGAAAGAGUACCGCACUUAAGAAAGGAGAUUGGUGAAUACUCGAAACUGAUUGACUUUUUGAAGGAAAGGGAGAUGUAG